UGUAUGCACUUGCUGGUGGUAGCUGAAGCAGCAAGUAUGUUAAUGAGAGAUCUGAGAGAGUUCAGGUGAAUGGUGAGCAGCUCAAGGUGAAUCGAAGGGCCGACCUUGAUACUUGAGGAUGAUCUGUGAUGCACUUGUAAAGCAUUGAAGCCUCCUUCCCAGACCUAGAAACUUAGAGAAGAAAGUUAUAUACCAGGAGGUAGGAAGACUGAUUAAUUUGCUAGUGAGUUUGAGAGCACUGAGAUUUUCAUAUUUUUCUAUUCAGAGAGAAACACCAUGGCAGAGGUUUUCUGGACCUUCUUCUGCAACAGUUCCGAAUGUUCGACUGAGUCUGGAGCUGAUUGCACUUCGGGUUUUUUAUCCGUUAUCGAUCCAAAUUCAUGCAUCAACAAUAUUUUGGUCAUUGCAGUUGACAUCUUGCUUCUGUUUAUAUUGUUAUGUUUCUUCAUAUAUAGAUUGUCAUCAAAUAAAAUAGCACCAUCUCAGUCUCACACCAUCUCUGCAUUGUCAAUUGUCUCAGCCAGCCUUAAUUCCGGUUUGGCUUUUACCUGCUUGGGGUUUGGGAUAUGGACAAUCGUCGACAAAGUAAAUACCGAUCAGUCUGUUUUACCUCUCCAUGGAUGGCUAGUUUUGUUCUUUCAAGGGUUCACAUGGUUCCUUCUGAGUUUAACCAUAACCCUGAAAAAACCACUCUCUCCACAAAUUGUCAUCACGAAAUUUGUUUCGAUUCUUGCCUUCUUGUUAGCUGCUUUUUUUUGCAGUUCAUCGAUUUGGGAAGCUGUUGUGGAUGAGGCAGUGUCAUUUCAGAUUGUUGUAAACAUUUUAUAUUUCCCCGGAUCGAUUCUCUUUCUCUUUAGUGCAUUUCAAGGAAGCAGUAAUGUAAAACUUGAUACAGAAAUCCAUGAUGAUGCUUUCUACACACCUUUGCAAGGGGAUGAAUCGGAUGUCAGAGGUGAAAUCAGUUCAAAUGACAACGUAACCCCUUUUGCAGAAGCAGGGUUAUUCAGUACAUUGUCAUUUUGGUGGCUGAAUCCACUGAUGAAGAAAGGCAAGAAAAAGCUUCUUGAGAAUGAAGAUAUUCCACAACUGCGAGAGGCUGAUCGAGCAAGAACGUGCUACUCAAUAUUUAUGGAGCAACUGGACAAAAGGAAGAAGCAGAGUUGCUCAUCAGAUAACUCUUCUAUUUUGUCCAUAAUUUUUUUAUGCCAGAGGAAAGCUAUUUUGAUAACAGGGUUCUUUGCAUUGAUCAAGGUUCUAACCCUGAGUAGCGGCCCACUGUUUCUCAUGGCCUUCAUUGACGUUGCUGAAGGCAAUGCAGCUUUUAAAUAUGAGGGUUAUGCACUUACUCUAGGUCUCUUCAUCUCAAAAAUCUUGGAGUCACUAUCAGAGAGGCAAUGGAACUUUAGAACAAGGUUGAUUGGGCUUCAAGUAAGAUCAGUGGUCUCUGCUGCAAUUUAUCAGAAGCAACUAAGACUCUCAAAUUCUGCCAAGAUGACUCACUCUCCUGGUGAGAUAGUGAAUCAUGUAGCGGUGGAUGCUUACAAAGUUGGGGAAUUUCCAUACUGGUUUCAUCAGAUAUGGUCCACAAGCCUUCAGAUGUGUCUUGCAUUACUUAUUGUUUACUUCUGUGUCGGGCUGGCAAUUGUUGCAGCCCUCAUUGUACUUAUAUUGACUAUGGUGGCAAGCUUUCCGUUGGCAAAGUUGCAGCACAAGUACCAAACAAAGCUCAUGGCAGCACAAAAUAGGAGGCUGAAGACCAGUACCGAAGCGCUUUCAAAUAUGAAGAUCUUGAAGCUGUAUUCUUGGGAGGCAAAUUUCAAGAAUGUUAUCGAAGGGUUAAGAAGAGAAGAAUUGAAAUGGUUAGCUCAAGUGAUGUUUCAAAAGGGGUAUUAUAAUGUUCUAUUCUGGGCAUCUCCUCUUUUGGUCACCACAGUUACUUUUUGGACAUGCUACUUCCUCGGAUAUACACUUUCUUCAAGUAAUGUUUUCACACUUCUGGCAACAUUGCGGAUUGUUCAGGAGCCAAUUAGGCUGUUCCCAGAUGUUUUUGGAGCAUUUAUUGAAGCAAAGGUUUCAUUAUCUCUGAUUGUAAAGUUCCUUGAUGAACCAGAGUUGGAGAACAGACAUACAAAAGAUAGCAGUGGCAAAGAGGUUGAGCGUUCCAUUUUAUGUAGAUGUUCAGAAAUUUCAUGGUAUACUAGUGCUACAAAGGCUACAUUAAGGAACAUAAAUUUGGUGGUGAAACCGGGGGAAAAAGUAGCAAUUUGUGGAGAGGUUGGCUCUGGUAAAUCAACCCUGUUAGCUGCAAUUCUCGGAGAAGUUCCACGCAUUGGUGGUGUUGUUCAAGUCUACGGGAAGAUGGCAUAUGUUUCUCAGUCUGCAUGGAUCCAAACCGGAACUAUACAAGAAAAUAUUCUGUUUGGUUCUGCCAUGGACAAUGUUAGAUACCAAGAAACAGUUAGCAAGUGUUCUUUAGUGAAGGACCUUGAGAUGCUUCCAUUCCGCGAUCUCACUCAGAUAGGAGAAAGAGGUGUCAAUCUAAGUGGUGGGCAGAAGCAGCGCAUUCAACUUGCACGUGCACUCUAUCAAAAUGCUGAUGUCUACCUCUUGGAUGACCCUUUCAGUGCAGUUGAUGCCCAUACAGCGACAAGUCUAUUCAAUGAAUAUGUCAUGGGAGCUCUAGCGGAGAAGACAGUUUUGCUUGUGACACACCAAGUCGACUUCCUUCCAGCUUUUAAUUCGAUAUUGUUGAUGAGUUCAGGGAAAAUUUUAAGAGCAGCUCCAUAUGAAGAGUUGCUGGCUUCUUGUCCAGAGUUCCAAGACCUCAUUAAUGCACACAAUGACACUGCUGGUUCUAGAAGCCAAGUUGAAUAUGCUUCUACCAGAAAACAUAAAUUACCUAGGGAGGAGAUUGAGAAAUUUACCACCGAAUUACCAUAUGAAGAAUCUUCAGGAGAUCAAUUGAUUAAGCAAGAAGAGAGAGAAACAGGAGAUACUGGUUUCCAGCCAUACAUCCAGUAUUUGAAGCCGAGCAGGGGAUUUUUCCAUUUCUCCAUGGCCAUUGGUUUCCACUCCAUUUUCAUACUUGGGCAACUAGCUCAAGUUUUUUGGUUGGCUUUAAAGCUGCAGGAUUAUAGCGUGUCAAGAGCAAAACUCUUCGCUGUUUAUUCUGUGAUCAUGUGUCUAAUGAUACUUGCUUUGGUCAUUCGAACUUUCUAUCUGGUCUACUUGGGAUGUGGGGCUUCAAACUCCAUUUUUCAAACCCUGCUGAACUCUCUUUUCCGAGCACCAAUGUUGUUUUAUGACUCGACACCUUUGGGCAGGAUACUUAGUCGAGUAUCCACUGAUAUGAGUAUCAUUGAUCUUGAAGUACCUUUCAAGCUGAUUAUUGCAAUUUCGGGAAUUCUGAACACAUAUAGCAUAUUUUUAGUAUUGGUUUUCCGUACUUGGCCCGUUGUGUUUCUGAUUAUUCCCACAAUUUAUAUUACAAUAUUUUUACAGAAUUACUACUUUGCUUCGGCCAAAGAGUUGAUGCAAAUGAAUGGCACAACUAAGUCUGCCCUUGCAAGCCACCUUGCUGAAUCUAUCGCUGGAGCCUUGACAAUCCGAGCUUUUGGACAGGAGGAUCGGUUCUUGUCAACAAAUUUGAAACUUAUUGAUGCAAAUGCUGCUACUGACUUCAAUGGAUUUUCUGCAAAUGAGUGGUUGAUAGGAAGGCUUGAGCUCGUUUGCGCUAUCAUUCUUUCAGCCUCAGCACUUGCCAUUACUUUGAUUCAGUUUGACACUUCUUCCUCUGGAUUUGUUGGCAUGGUACUAUCCUAUGGUCUUUCAUUGAAUGUAUUCGUCGUAAUUGCUGUCCAAUUUCAGUGCAUGCUUGCAAAUUCAAUCAUAUCUGUUGAAAGGGUGGAACAAUACAUGCAUAUUCCUAGUGAAGCUCCGGAAGUAAUAGAAGAGAACCGACCUAUGUGCAAUUGGCCUACUGUUGGCAAGGUAGAAAUACAUGAUCUAAAGGUAAGAUAUAGGCCAAAUGCCCCGCUAGUUCUUCGUGGGAUAAAUUGCACAAUUGAAGGAGGCGACAAAAUUGGUAUUGUUGGCCGGACUGGAAGUGGGAAGACUACUCUUAUUAGCAUUUUGUUUCGUCUGGUAGAGCCUACAGAAGGAAAGGUCAUAGUGGAUGACUAUGACAUUUGCACAAUUGGACUUCAUGAUUUAAGAUCACGUUUUGGGAUCAUACCACAAGAUCCAACUCUGUUCAGUGGAUCUGUGAGAUUCAAUUUAGACCCCUUAUCAGAGUAUACCGAUCAUCAAAUAUGGGAAGUUCUUGAGAAAUGUCAGUUGCGAGAGGCCGUUCAAGAAAAGGAAGACGGCCUUGAUUCUUCAGUUGUACAAGAUGGAACAAACUGGAGCAUGGGACAACGACAACUAUUCUGUUUGGGACGUGCUUUGUUGAAGAGGAGCCGAAUACUGGUGCUCGAUGAAGCCACUGCAUCAAUGGACAAUACAACAGACGCUAUUCUGCAGAAAACUAUUAGAACAGAAUUUGCAUACUGCACUGUAAUAACCGUGGCUCAUAGGAUACCAACCGUGAUGGACUGUACAAAAGUGCUUGCUAUUAGUGAUGGGAGAGUGGUGGAGUAUGAUGAGCCAAAGAAGCUGAUGAGGAAUGAGGGCUCACUAUUUGGGCAGCUAGUCAAGGAAUAUUGGUCUCGUGCUGGUGCUGCUAAUGCCGGCAUCCACUCAGAAGAUAGAAUCAAUUAAACUGAAAUAUCAUUUUUCAUUAGCAUCAUGCCAUUGUUGGAUUUUUGGAUUGCCGAGCCGCCCCACUUUAACGACACCAACAUUAUCCACAACUUUAUCACAUGCCCAAUCCUUUAGGUGUGGGAUUUUACCACAAAAGGCCUUGAUAUUAGUUAGAGUAGGGUAAUCUUAUUUAAACCCAUUGUGGAUCCCCACCAAUGUGGGAUUCUUAACACUCACCCUCACGUGUAACCUCAUUUAGUGGUUCACACAUGGAGAUUCACAUCGGUAAUUCAAACUUAGAGGUCGGCUCACAUUGGGCC